AUGUGGCAGCAGGGCACCGUCUCCUCGCUCGGGCGCCUCUUUGUGAGCCAGCGGCGUGUGGCACGUGGGACGAGCGCUGAUUGCACGGUUAUCGAUUCCCAUUACUCCUACAUCCGCUGCCUAUGGAAUGAACAAGGCCUGCCGCUGACGAAGGGGCCGAUUUUCUUCACUUCGCAACACCCCACAUCCACCCGCACCCCACCCGCACCCCUACCCCGGACCACCCCCCUCAGUACCGCAACACGCCGCUUGAAGAGCACACUGCAGACUGUC